AUGCUGGAUUCGUCGAUAGCUGAACUAUGUGUGGCAGGACAAUGUACAACAGACAUAUCGGCAUGGUUUGCGUUCCAAGCCGCAGCCGGUGGUACAGAUCCGAUGCCGGAGUCCGAUGGCAUUCAGACCCCAGGAUGGCUUCAAAGUGACGCGAAAUUCAAUAUGUCCACAUAUCUCAGUCAGUCUGAUGGAGAUUUACCGCAAUGGAAUCCGACAACUCAACGUAUUCCAUUGGGACCGCUAUUUCCAAAAGCCAAAGAGAUCACAUUUCGCUGUACCGUUCCGCAAUUACGUCGUAUGCGUCGGUUAGCAGUCUACAAUGUACCGGCCACAAUGAUCUUCGCACCAGAACAACUCCAAGUGUUCCGCCUGUCCAUUGUUGGUGGACGCUCAAAUGCGCCGGCUACGAUAAAACUACGUCCAUUCCGUGAAUGGCUUGAAGCUGACCAACUCGGUAACAAGCUCUGUGUACAGUUCUGUUGA